AUGACGAGCUCCCCCGAGGUGACCAGCAUCAACCAGGAGGCGCUGGUGCUCACUGCCAAGGCCACGGAACUCUUUGUUAAAUAUGGCAGUGGAAAAGAAAAGGAGGCACUCACCUCCAGUGACUUAUCAAAUACUGCAGAGGAGUCAGAAGCUUUUCAGUUCGUUGCAGAUAUAUUACCAAAGAAGAUUUUAGCUAGUAAAUAUCUGAAAAUGCUUAAGGAAAAGAGGGAAGAAGAAGAGGAAGUGAAUGACAACAAUGAUGAGAGUGAGGUCGAUGAAACGGAAUUCUACCCCCCCAAAAAUCAGCCUGGUGAGGACCCUCCUGGAUUAGCACCUUGA